AUGGGCAAACGUGGCGGUAGAAGAGGAGGUCGAGGCGGUGGAAAGCCAAAUGCAAGGCAAAAUCAAGUACGUUACAACAGCCGGGAGGAAGUCACGAAGUCGAAUGUUCGUUACGAAGAAUACUAUGAAAGCCUGGACCUGGUGGAGGAUGACGAAAAGGAGACAUUUUGGAGCUUCCUUCGACAAGAGCUCCCCAAUAGCUUCCGCUUCACUGGAUCGAAAAGCCAGGCACUGCCUGUGCAGCAGCUGCUCAGGGAUCGCUACAUUCCAGAAAUCACAUCAAUCACAUACAAUGGCGAAGCUGUAGCUCCUCCAACGCCUGUUCCAUGGUUUCCAGAUCAGCUCGCAUGGCAGAUGACUACACCAAAGUCUAUAGUCCGCAAGUUUGGUCCUUUCGCUGCUUUUCAGAAAUUCCUUGUGAGUGAAACGAGUGUUGGAAACAUCAGUAGACAAGAGGUGGUCAGUAUGAUACCGCCUUUAUUAUUGGACUUAAGGCCUGGGAUGACGGCCUUGGAUAUGUGUGCUGCACCGGGCAGCAAGGCAGCGCAACUCAUCGAGCUAGUGCACGGUAGCGAAGAAGCAAGGAUGCGCAAGACUGCCCGAAAAGCUGGACAGGAUGAAUGCCGCGACGUCAGCCCUGACGGUGCGAUCUUGAAAGAUGGGAUGGACGAGGACAAGCAAAAUACAGAUUGGUCUGACGAUGGUCGAGCGACAGGACUGCUCAUUGCGAAUGACGCAGACUACAAGCGAGCACAUAUGCUCACUCAUCAGAUGAAGAGACUUAAUUCGCCUAAUUUGAUUGUUACGAACCACGACGCCACUAUGUACCCCUCGAUUAAACUUCCCUCGGACUCCGUGCAAAACAAGUAUUUGAAAUUUGAUCGUAUCCUGGCGGAUGUGCCUUGCUCGGGCGACGGGACCGCACGGAAGAAUUUGAACGUCUGGAAGGACUGGGUUCCCGGGAACGCAUUAGGCCUCCACUCGACUCAACACAGAAUUCUUACUCGUGGUCUUCAGAUGCUCAAAGCCGGAGGUAGGCUGGUCUAUUCUACCUGUAGUAUAAAUCCGGUGGAAAACGAGGCGGUAGUCUCGUCAGCUAUCGAGCGCUGUGGGGGUCUUUCAAAAGUAGACAUUGUCGAUUGUAGCGCUGACCUACCAGCUUUGAAGAGGAAAUCGGGCCUCCGUAAUUGGAAGGUGAUGGACAAAACCGGCAGCCUCUGGAAGACCUGGCAAGACUUUGAGAACCACCAGAUCAAGUCCAGUGAAGAGAAUCGCGGUAAGCUGACUAAAGGCAUGUUUCCAUCCUCAAAAGAUCAAUUGCCGUUGCAUCAUUGCAUGAGAAUAUACCCGCACAUGCAAGACACGGGGGGAUUCUUCAUCGCUGUCUUAGAGAAGAAGACUGAGAUCAAAGCCAAGCCUGAAUCUGAGGUAACACGAACCGAAACCCAGCCCGGAACAAUUGUGGCUGCCGUAAGUGCAAUAGAGCAGCAGCCGGCGAACGGUACCAACCCAAUUGAAAAGGUCGAUGCUCUGGACUCUGUUGUCCCAAUUUCUGUGGACGGAGACACCGAGGACUCUUCGGCGGCAGCACGUCAGAAUCGAGCAGUUGCUCCAAACACCUCGUUAUCAGCUAACAAACGCUCUUCCGAAGCUGUUGCUGAUGCAGCGGCGUCAACUAAACGUCCCAAGAUUCGAGACGAAAUUGAUGAGCCUCGUCCUCAAGCUGAAGUAGACCGCCUAGUUCACUGGCCGCCACCACCUAGCGCAACUCUAGACAUUUCGAGACCCGAGACGCUGAUACAAGAAGACUUGAAAACCCCUCCAAGUAAUAACAUAAGUGCGUAUAAUUCUCACAAUCGACAACCGGAAGGAUUACCCCUCAGAAAGCGUAACCAGCCUUUCGAAGAACCAUUCAAGUAUUUAGAUCCUUCUAAUUCUGAACUUGAUGACAUAUACGACUUCUACAAUCUCUCCUCACGGUUCCCAAGAGAUCGAUUCAUGGUACGAAAUGCCAUGGGUACACCUACCAAAACAAUCUACUACACCUCCUCACUCGCACGAGACAUACUUACCACAAAUACUAGCUCGGGUAUCAAGUUCGUUCAUUGCGGUGUGAAGAUGUUCGUCAAGCAAGACGUUCAAGGUGCAGGCGUCUGCAGAUGGCGGAUUCAGAGUGAAGGGCUACCAUUACUUGAGGCAUGGGCGGGGGAGAAGCGGUCCGUCCGAAUGUAUAAACGCUCUACACUCCGUACGUUACUCGUCGAAAUGUUUGCAAAGAUUGAGGGCGAGGGUUGGAAUACCACACUUGGCGAAAUAGGUGGAAGAGUGAGGGACAUUGGAAUGGGGUGUUGUGUACUGAGGGUCGAGAAAAGCGAAGGUGGGAAAACUGAAGAUGGUGAAGAAGGCUUUUCGGAGAGAAUUGUGCUGCCACUUUGGCGCAGUCUAUACUCUCUCAAUCUGAUGUUACCCAAAGAAGAUCGAAAGGCUAUGUUGAUCCGGCUAUACAACGACGACACGCCGCUACAGGAUAAUUCAAAGGACCGGUUUAACAAUAAAAAGCAUAAGCAUGGUACUACUGAAGUUGAGAAUGCAGAAGAAGAGCAUGUUGCAGCGAUUGAAGCAGAAAGUGUGAAAGGAGAGGAUAUCAUCAAAAACGAGGAAGGAGCUGUAGAAGAUUCUAAAGAGGACAUUAUCAACGAGGAGAAAGUGAUUGAAGAAGACGUCUCCAUCGCCGGGCUAGGGGAGCAGAUGAUUGUAGAUACCGGAGAUGAUGACGACGAAGGAGGGGUCCCUCUGAAGGAAGAUGAUAUGAAACCGGAGAGUAGGAAGCAAGACUGA